GAUUUCAUAAACGUCAGGGUUGUGAGUUUAUACGUCCUUUAGUAAAUUUAUAGUGUUUCUUUGGUAGAUUUGCGAAAAUAUGCAGCGUUCCAGAGCAACUGCAGCAUUGAUGCGCUUAAAAGAGAUUGACAGAAAAUAUAAAUCUAAAAUCCAAGAUGAAAAUCAAUUAGAAUCAAGUGUUAGCACUAUCAGCACACUUAACAGUAUUAGUAAUGAAGUGAAAAAGUCAAUUCCUGGUUCUGGUGAUUCAUCUGAUACAGGUUUGAAGCCAAAAUUAAAAAUAAAAAUGCCUGAUGCUCAUAUUGAACAAGUCAAAGAAGUUCCUUUUGAGGGUAAAAAGGAUUUUUCAGCUAUCGCUGUGACAAUAUUCAAUAAAACAUCUGAAGAAUCCCUUGAGACAAAUUCUCCUGUGAUAUCUGAGGAAGUAAGUCAUAACACAACAAAUGUUGACAGCAUUGGGCCAGCUGGCGAGGGUAAUGUCACUGAUUCUUUUGAAUUAAUAAAAAAUAAUAACAAAGUAUCAAGUGAUGAAAGAUUAGUCACUGAAGUGUCAGAAGACCAGAGUCAGCUUAUAUCAAAACUAUCAUCCAGCAAAAAUGAUCAAAUAAUUGAAGACUUUGGUAUACAAAUAGUAGAAAGUUUAUCAUCUUCACAGAAUUUACCUUAUACUUCAUCUUCUUCAGGGAAGGAAGUUCGUCCAAACACAUAUUCCAAUGAUUCAUUUGAUGAAGAAUCUAAUAGUUUUCCAACAUAUGAAAAUUCUAAUGACAAUAAAUCAUCAGGAACUUCUUCUAUAAAAUCAGACAUGCAGAAAAAGUCAAGUAGAAGUGAGCAAUCCCAUUCAAAACAGACUGAAGUGAUAUCUUAUAGUCAAUAUUUAAUAAAUCGGACAGAUACUAAGGAUGAAACAAAAAUUAUAGAGCUUAUGUCUCCUAAACUUAUUCAUACUACUAGUGUCUGUGAAGUGGAUCUGAAUAAAGAAUUAUCUCAAUACGUUAAGAUCACAGAGAAUACAGAAUCGACAGAAUCUAUCAAACCAGUUUGUCUAUUGAAGUCUCCAAAAGUCUGCAUGAUACAAAAACCAAAACAGAAGCGAUCAGGUCGUGCCAAAUCUUCCAUGAACUCUCAUAAAUCAGAGACGACAACGGUUCAAAUCAUUCCCAAACACCAAACCCACAUAAAUAACAUUUUGUCUGAAAAGACAAAUACCAAACAGGAACCAGGAAGUCAUUGGAGUUCACCAAAAACGCAAUCUAGCAAAGGCUCCAAAAUCACAUCCAAUUCAAAGAAAUCUGGAAUUCAAAAACGUGGAGAAUUGGACAUAGCUAUUGUACUGAAGAAAAAAGAACAGCAAACAAGAAGUAAAACAUCAUUGUCAGGAAAUGAAACUAUAGUUCAAAAAGAUGAAAAAAGUCUCUCUUCUAUUUAUCAUCUUAGACAAGAAGACAUCGAUCACCACACUGUUCAAGAAUUUAAUCAAAACUUAAAAUGCAACCAAAAAUUUCCACGGAGUCCAAAGACAGGUAUAAUUCACACUAAAGAACAAAAGCAGAAUUCACAUGAAAGUGAUAAUUUUGAUAAAAUUGUUUCUUCACACAAUCAUGGAACUCCUUAUGCAAUUUACAAAACAGUAAGCACUAAGCCAGUCCCUUUGACAAGAAUAAGAGGUAUUUUAGAUUCUCAAAAUAUGAAAGUCCACAGAAAUCAGACUUUGCGACACAAUGCUCAGCAACGACACAGCGACAAAAUGGUUAAAAACCGUAAUAAUGCGAAGAAUACAAAAUCGGCAAAAUCUUACAGAAAUUCAAAAUCAUUAGAAAACGAGACAUUAGUGCCACGUCGAAAACAGGACGUGAAUCCACUUGAAACUCAAAUGACAGCCCUGAGGAUGAAGAAUAAGCAAAAUAAUAUUCAACUAAAAGUAAGCCGAUACAUUCAACAGUUUGAAGAAGAGAGAAGAAAAUUAAUGAUGUACCCAUUGGAUCCUCCGUUCAUCCAUAAAACAGAAUCUUUAGCAUUCAAACCUCUAGAUUUUCCAAAAAUCAUCGAAUUCACUCGACCUGAUAUAGCGGAAAUGUAUUCGAGUUUAAAGCUGCCUUCUGCGGUGGACUAUCGUAACGCACUUCGCAUUCGAGUUAUGGAAAUUCGUGAGUGGUUGAAAGAUCAAUUCACGUUAUAUCGUGACUACAGCAGUCUUAUCUCGACAAUCAAUUCAAAUUACAUCCCCACCACGUUGGAAGAUGCAAAAAAGAUCAUUCAAGAAGUGCAGCAAUCAUCCAACAGUAGACGUAAUCGACACCGGAAAUGAUUGCUGGAUAACGCUGCAACGUGAGAUACAACCGCUUGAUGAUCAAUACUAUGAUGCAAUGGAUGAAUGACUAAUCCUUGGGGAAAAAUACGGAAACCAGUAAGCGGUUGAUUAAUCGGCAUCCUAACGAGAUUCAACCCCUCGUAACAGGAGGUCGAACAAUGACUAUCGAUUGAUCGAUAAGUGAGACUAUCGAUGCUUAUCUGAAAGGACGGAGUAGUUUCUGACACAGUCGAUUAUACGUUCUCUAAAUGUGUUUUUGAUGGUCCUACUUAUCAUGACUGUCAACAAUCAGUGCAGGCUGACCUUUAUCCUGAGGUCAUUAUCAUUCAGAGAACGAAGGGUGUUUAGAGGGGAUGAUAAUAUACUUGCUUUUAAUAUCAGUGUAACAGAUAGUACAUAAUUUUUCUGAAAAUAUGCACAAACGACAUUCGAUACCAAUCAAUUUUAAACAGAAAAAAAUUAGAAACUUUGAUUUACAGUCCUGACAAUGAGAUGGAUGCUGGUCGCGAACUUGAACUCUGACCCAUGACCCCUUCUAUAAGGAUACCUAUAAAUAUCGCUCUCGAGGACAAUAUAUAAAUUUACUCUAUAUUUUUUUUACCAUGACAGAGGUCACUCGUGCACGACCUUACAAAUUUCACACUCUGCCGGGUUCCUCACGGAUUUUCUAAUGACAACGUAAAGGUUAGCCAAGAGGGACCUUUGGCAAAGGUCAGUGCAUCAUUAUUCCGUCAGGUCGUGGACAGAUGUGUGGUCACCUAUUUAUAAUAAUUCCUGUCCGAUGGCCGUCAGGAUUUGUACCUCUUGCUAUAAUGUGAAUUCAUACGUAUCGCGUUUGGCGACUAACUUAGCACGUCUUUAUUCCGUUCAAUUAGACGAAUUUGUGUCUACGAUGUACGAAUAACUACAGCAUGGUUAUUCGACUGUGUUAAAAAGAAAAAAAAAGAGAAAAAAGAAAGGGAAAAAAGAACAAGCUAAAAAGGAGAGUCAGUCGGAGACGCCAUUGUUCCUUUAGAGGGCAGAGUACGGAAACAAAGAACAAUUCAGAACCGUACACACGCUCGGCGGACUUCAUAUUAAUUAUCCGACAGUAAUCUAUAUCUCUGUAUAUCCCCUAAAAUGCAAAGUUCCUUACGUUAAUCAAAAUCUAUCCGUAAUCGAAGCUUCCCUUUCGUUGUUAAUCGUAGCCAACAGGAAAUUAGUAAGACACGUGACUCACAUAGUCGUCACGUGGGAUUCCUCGCGUUCUUAGGGGAUACGAAGAGAGAUUUAAGAUUUGAGAAUUAGAAUUGACGCUUGUAAUAUUAUUGUGAACGUUGUCAUAAU